GUACUAGCAGAUCCCCUGGAGCGCCUCGCGACAGGCAAUGCGUACUACGCCAAUAAGACGACCUCCAAGAAUCCAGGCGCAUUUACCGUCUUGUCGCAAGGCGAAACGCCUCAGAUCCUCUGGCUAAGCUGUGCGGACAGUCGCAUCCCCGAAACGACCGUAUGCCACUGCAAGCCCGGCGGCAUCUUCGUUUAUCGAGAUAUCGCGAACACGAUACACGUUGACGACAUCAACCCUGCGAGCGUCGUCGAAUACGCGGUCACACAUCGCAAGGUCAACAAGGUGGUAGUUUGUGGGCAUACAACGUGCGGGGGCACGACGGAAAGCUUGACGGACGUCGACUUGGGUGAGACGCUGAACAAGUGGCUGCAUCUAUUACGAGAGCUGCGCCGGAAACACCGGGCCGAACCUGACGCGCUUGAUGACGGUGUACGCGCCGCACGCGUCGCUGAACUCAACGUUCACCAAUCCAUCGAUGUGCUCCGAAAAUACCCUGCGAUCAGGAUAGCGAUCAUGGAGCAAGGCCUGACGAUCCACGGGCUCAUCUACGACCUUGCGACUGGGCAGCUAAAGGUGCUUGAGUAG